AAAUGUUCUGUGCUGUUUCUGAUUUUCAGUUAUCUAGUUGUUUCUUAGUGCUCAGGUAUUUCACAGUAGAUAAACGAAAAAAUGAUUUGGAAAAUUAUACUUUUGUUGUCGUGUUUUAACGUUUUAGUGAACGCUGGUGGAAGUUGUUCGGGCGGGGCAUCGGGUGCAGACGAGGACUACCAGGCACAUGAUACAAUUUCUGAAUGGAUUGAUACCCUAAAUGCAGACCCCAAUAUAGAUUGGAACCGUUUGAUAAUCCACAUUGAUUCAGAUGACAAAAAAGAUGCAAAGGCAGCAUUGAUGUCUAGUGGAGUUCCAAAGGAUGAUUUGAAUGAACUUCUUGUUACCUGUAAUUGGAAUACGUGGCCUAGUCAAAUAAAAUCAAAUCAGCAUCCAUAUGUUAACAAAAGCAAUAUGGCUAAAUUGUCACUUUAUCGUAUUCCUGAUACACGAAUAGUAUACGCGGCCCCUAAUGUAAGUCAACAGGUGAGUUCUCCAGGAAUUCUAAUGGUUUUCACAUCACUUUAAUGAAUCGUGGAUUCUGACUAAAAUGGACCCAGAAGAAUUUAAUUUUACCGGCUGAAAAAACCAUUAAUUCAAAAAAAUCUAUACCGAUAGUGAAAAAUCUAAUUUUUUUUUUUAAAUAAUAUAAUUUUAAGUGAUUUAUAUAUGAUUUUGUAAACCUAAUUUAUUACAUACCUGAUACAUAAAGCAUACUACGCUUUUACUUGUUUGUUAUUAACGGAAUUAAGUGAAAUGAGUGUGUUAUAUGGAUCUAUACAUUGAUUUAAUAAAGCUAUAAUAUUCCUUCCUCUA